CUUGCCCGCUGGUUGCUUCGGCUUCACCAUUACAACAGACCAGAUGAAAAACUCUCCUCCUAAUUUCUCCCUGUUCAUGCGCAAUCAAGAAUUCCUAAAAUUAUCACAAACCCGAAUGCCGAACUGAUCUCACUCCAUGCCGAUUGCUUCCAUUUCCAUCCUCUGCCAUCGCAUCUCGCCGGUCCUCCCCACUGCCGCCCUCCUCCUCCGCCGCUGCGUCUCCCCCUGCCUCCCGACGCUCCGUCUCCUCUCCGUCGCCGCCAAACAAAGAAACCCUAACAAUGUCUCCAGGAAAGCCAACAAGAACCUCCUCAAGGCCCGCGAGACUGUUCGAGGCUACUCAGCACUCGCCCCUGUUCUCUCUUCCCCUGACGAGCUCCAUCUCUCGCCCACUCAGGCCGUAGGAAUGGUUGCCGCAGCUCAAGCCAACUUCAUGCGCGUCAUCGUCCAGUCAGUCCCCUCAGAAAUAUCUAGAGACUCCGGCGACGGUACGGAAGCUUCUGGAAGCUUGGGAAAGUGUUCGGAUGCUUCUGGAAGUCGCGGCCAGGUAGAGGGGGCGAGAAUUGGGGUUGAAUUGUUGUGCGUAGUGAGGGCGGUGCUGAAGAAGAUAAAGAGGAGGGUUUUGGUCGGGGACAAGGUGUUGGUGGGCUCCGUUGAUUGGGUGGACCGCCGGGGCGCGAUCGAGAAUGUGUUCCAGAGGAGUUCGGAGAUUCUUGAUCCUCCGGUGACGAAUGUAGAUCACUUGCUGGUGCUUUUCUCGGUGGACCAGCCGAAACCUGAGGCGUUCUCUCUCACUAGGUUCUUGGUGGAGGCCGAGUCGACGGGGAUACCCCUCACGCUCGCGUUGAAUAAGUCGGAACUUGUUAACGAAGAGACAUUGAUGGCUUGGAAAUCCAGGCUUUGUGGUUGGGGAUAUGAACCAAUUUUUUGCAGUGUUGAAUCGAAACAUGGGCUCGAUACUCUUGCAUUUAUCUUGAGAGAGCAAACUACUGUGAUUGUGGGUCCAAGUGGGGUUGGUAAGUCUAGUCUAAUUAAUGCUUUGAGAAGCAACCAACAUGUUCUGAAUGUUUCAGAAGGCGAUAAUUGCUUUCAUCCUAUUAUGGGCAGCAAGUGGUUUGAGGAUCAGCGUGUUGGUGAAGUGUCGACGAGAAGUGGCAGAGGAAAACACACUACUCGCAAUGUUUCUUUGCUUCCAUUAGCUGGAGGCGGUUAUCUUGCUGAUACUCCUGGAUUUAACCAGCCUAGUUUAAUGAAAGUAACAAAGCAUUCUCUUGCAAAAACUUUCCCGGAGAUCAGGAAGAUGCUCUGUGAUAGUGAGUCUGCAAAGUGCACAUUCAACAACUGCUUGCAUCUUGGUGAACCGGGAUGCAUCAUAAAAGGGGAUUGGGAAAGAUAUCCAUACUAUCUCCAACUUCUUGAUGAGAUAAAAAUCAGAGAAGAAUUUCAGUUGAGGACUAUAGGAACAAAAAGAGAAAGUGAUGUAAGGUAUAAGGUGGGAGAUAUGGGUGUCAAGCAAGCUGAACCAAGGCUAGAGUUUAAAAAGCAUAGGAGGCAGUCUCGCAAGAGGGCGAGGCAGUCCAUAUUAGAAGAGUUAGAUGAGUUGGAUGAUGACGACACCUUAAUGGAUGCUGAGAAUGACCCCAUCUUAGGGCCAGUGAGUCGUGAAAACCUGUAGGAAAUUCAGUCCCGAAACCAUACUUGUAAAUGCUCAGUUUCUUAACCGCCCUUUCAGAGUCAUGGAAGCCAAUUGAAGUAACUGUUACUGUGGUACAUAACAAAGCACGAUAUGAAGCUGGUCAGAUCUGUAGAGGCAUUCGUGUUACAAAAUUACAUACCAAAUAGGAAAUGAGGCCAAAAGCCGAUGCUGUAGUUAUUUUUUUUGUAGUUUGUAAGCACUAGUUGGUUUGUAUCUGCAUGUACCAUUCACAUCUCUCCACAUGAAUUCCUGUAGUAACAUUUUUGGUAAUAGAUGAUCUGACAUUCUGACCAA